CAGUUCUGUUUCUGUACGGGGCAAAGUGCCACAGCCCUGAGCCGGCAUGCGAGUAGCACUUUUUUUUAGAUUAAUUCACUUGGAUAAAAAGUUCAUUUUUUAUGUUAAUCUAUGCCACAGUGGUGACAGGAGAUAAUAUCUGUAAAGAUUCUGAAAAAAUUAAUCGAAGUGGUGACUUCUUGACCUCAUUCCUGGUGGGCAGAAUAUGAACCAAGUUACAUACGUGUGGAGUGAGGUGAAAGGUGAAGACACGCAUACCGUUGUCGGUACCGUUGACGUUGACAUCGUACGCACUCCGUACAUUAGCCCUUAAAACGCAUGAGCAUCGGAAAAAAAUUCAAAAAUGCACACCGUUACUUGCAUCGCUCCUGUAAAUAUAGCUGUUAUAAAAUAUUGGGGGAAACGUGAUGAGAAUUUGAUUUUGCCAAUAAACGAUUCAAUUAGUGCAACUUUAGAUACUGAACAGUUAUGUGCAAAGACAACUAUAAUGGCAAGUCCAGAUUUCAAAAAGGAUCAAAUCUGGUUGAAUGGAAAGGAAGAAUCUAUCAACAAGAGACUUCAAAAUUGUUUGCUAGAAAUGAAGAAAAGAGCUCAAGUGGGAAAUGAAGUUCUGCAGUGGAAGUUGCACAUUUGUUCAGAGAACAAUUUUCCAACAGCUGCCGGUUUAGCAUCAAGUGCUGCUGGUUAUGCUUGCUUUGCAGCUGCGCUCGCGAAAUUAUAUAAAGUAGAGGGCGAUAUUAGUGCAGUUGCGAGAGCAGGUUCUGGAUCUGCAUGUCGCAGUACAAUGGGAGGAUUUGUAAGAUGGCAUAUGGGUUCUGAUCCAAAAGGAUCAGAUAGCAUAGCAAAACAAAUUGUGCCAGCAUGUUUCUGGCCAGAAAUCAGAAUUCUUAUUCUUGUCGUGAAUGAUGAAAGGAAGAAAGUAUCUAGUGCCGUGGGAAUGAAAAGAAGUGUCGAAACUUCGGAAUUUUUAAAGCAUAGAGCUGAACAUAUCGUUCCAAAAGUAGCAAAUCAAAUGGAGAAAGCUAUUUUGGAAAAAGAUUUCGAGAAGUUUGCUGAACUAACUAUGAAAGAUUCCAAUCAAUUCCAUGCAGUUUGUAGAGAUACAUAUCCACCCUGUGUGUAUAUGAACGAUAUAUCCCAACUUACAGUAGAAUUAGUUCAUGAAUACAAUUAUGCUGUAAACAAAACGAAGGUAGCUUAUACUUUUGAUGCUGGCCCCAAUCCAACUCUCUAUCUUCAAGAAAAAGAUGUACCUGAAUUUAGCGCAGUUCUCGAUCAUUUUCUUCCACCUCCAACUGAUGCAAUAAUCGAAUACAAAAAAGGCAUACCUGUUCUCCCAGUAAAACUGUCACUGGAUUUGCUGAAGAAAAUUAAUCUGGAACAACAAUUGCCUGGAAGAUUCAAAUACACGAUUCAUACACGUGUUGGAGAAGGACCAAAACUAUUAAAGGACGACAAGGAUCAUCUUUUGAAUAACCGAGGCCUCCCAGUGAAGGAUACAAAGUCUGUCUAAGAAAUAAAUAUGAAAUUUGUAUUUAGGAAAUUCAAAGAGAAAAUAAUUUUUAUAUGCAGUCAGGGAUAAAGGUGAUAUUAGGAAUAUUUAUUAAUUAAUUUUUAAAAACUAAUAUAAAGACAAUAAAUAUUUAUAUGGAGAAUGAAUCUUGGGAAUUAAGACUUAUAUUCAUUUAAUAAUAUAAGCUGCUUUUGUUAUGCAAGCAUGUCUGUAAUAUAUUAGAAAAAAUUUUGGUGUAAAAACAGUACGAUUUUAUUCAAAUAAAUAAUUAAAAAUGUA